AAUGUCUAUCUAAUCACUUUCACAUUCUUCAACCCUCAGCACCAACGUUGUGUACUUUCCUUGUUUCAAUACACAACAUCGUCACCAUCGCUUUAAUUUCUAAUUCUAUCCUCUGUUCUGUUCUCCCAGUUUCAACUUCAAACUAACUACAAUAUUCAUUCUGCAAUGGAGGAAUCACCUUCUUCUUCAUCACCUUCUUCUUCCUCAGCAUCAACUUCUCAGCAUCUGGCAGAAGAAGCCAAUCCUGAUUCUGAGAAUUCAAAUGAACAGAAUCAUCAGCAACUUCCUUCUCUGACAUAUAGGGUUGACAUUUCUAUGGCCAAUUCAUAUCUUGCUGCUACUAGGGAUGACGUCUGGUCUUGUCUCAUCAUUCUCGUCACUUUUUGGUUGGUCGCAGCAACAAUGGGUCUGGUUCUUGGUAUUUAUGGAACCACAACAUUGCAAUUGGGUCCUUAUUCCUCAGUUUUAAUACAAGUGAACUCAAUGUUUGUUCAGUCUAUCACGGUGGAACAUGUUGAUGAACCGAAACCUGGGAUAAUGCUAUAUGGAUUUGAUGAAUCACCUGGCCUUGAUGUCAAAAUGAACUGGUCUAAGUCAUAUAGUGGAUCUCUACAACACAAUUUUUACAAGGAAUGGAUAUUCUACCUGAACAAACACUCUCAAUUGGAUAUCUUUUACAAUGUUAAAUCCCCAAGACUUUCAUAUCUAUCCCUUGUUAUUGCUCAAGGUAGAGAACAGCUCUUUGAAUGGAUAGAGAAGCCAUCAUUUCCUAACACAACUUUGUCUUGGAAUAUUAUUUAUGGGAGGAACAAUAUUACCCAGAAAAUAUCAGAUCCAUUUUCUUAUUAUGUGGUACUUGCUAACUCACAAACUGAAGAUGUGGAGGUUGAAUUGAAGUUCAGUGUGGAUGCAGUUCUGUACAAUACAAGCAAUGCAAUCAAUAGAUGUUCACCAGAUAGCAGUUUGUGUAGAUUGGACCUUUUUCUUUCACAGUCUGGUUCUGCAGUAUUGACCACUCCUGCUCCUUCACAGGGAAAUUUUGAGGCUGAAUUGUUUCAUGUGAAACUAUCCUAUGCACCAAGGUGGAUCACAUACUUUGUAGCAUCAGGUAUUUUGACUCUGCUAAUCUUCUUUAUCUUGAGAUGCUGCAAAGUCUUCCAAAGAGAUGGUUCAGACAUGGAAAGCUUCCAACAAGUGCGAGUAGUUUCUGAACGAGCACCAUUAUUGCUGGGUGACAAAAACGACGACGUUUCAAGCUUGGGUUCGUCUUAUGAGUCUUUCACUAGUGAAGAGGAAGAUCUCACAGAAUUGCUUAAAGGGAAGCCAUUGAAGGAGGGAGAAGCUGAGAAAAGUCUAAAACACUUGUGUGUGAUUUGCUUUGAUGCUCCAAGGGAUUGCUUCUUUCUUCCAUGUGGCCAUUGUGCAGCUUGCUUUGAAUGUGGAACAAGGGUUGUUGAUGAAGCCAGUCCUUGUCCCAUAUGCAGAAGGAGAAUUAAGAAAGUUCGAAAAGUUUUCACUGUUUAAUUAUAAUUUUCCUUCUAUAUCUAUAAUAUAUAUAUAUAUAUAUAUAUAUUGUAACAUUUACUAUGUAAUUGCAACGAUGGAUUUGCAACUUACAUAGGAGUAGUUGAUAGUUUGAUCAAAGUUCUUUAGGAAAAGUCCAUACAUAGCAAAAAUAAAAUAACGGUUAAUAUGAUUUGAUGACCCCCGAAAAUACAUUACGACGUUUUACUC